GUUAUUAUUUAUGACGACUUUUAUAUCUCCCCCUUUCGACCUUCGAUGCCGAAGCCUAGCUUUUAUGAUUUUUAAUGGGCCCGGCUCGGACGCGCUCGCGGCGAGAAGAUUUCUGGAACACGAGACUUCCAACGGAUAACGCGGAGAUACAGCUAAUUUUUUCGCAGCGAUUCAGUAUAAUUUCGGUAAUUGUUCGGUGAAACAUUGAACGGCGGUGCGUAGAUCCCCCCGGCGUUGUUGUCCGAUCGAACCGCGUUCGUCUCGUGGCUCGAUAAAAAAGCACCGCGUCUCCGACGAGUCUAGCAAUUUGCACGCUUUUGUGGCAGAGCGACAGACUCCCUUAUCGCUUUCUAAGUGCUUUUUCAAUGCGCCAGCCGCGUGCAGUUCCGACGUGGGCUCGUUGUUUCGCUCGGGGAACACUUCGCGCGGAAAGUCCCGGGAAAACUUUCCGAUCGAAACUCGGAUAGUUCGCGCGCGCUGUUCCGCGAAUCUUCCCCCUGUCAGCUGUUUCGCGCCCACUCGGAACAACCGCGACUUUGAAAUAGCCUCGCGGGCGCGACGCAACCGCGACCGACGCGGCGAUCCGGUCGAACGCGCGAAAUUAAAGUUCCGAUCGAGUCGCCGGUGAGAAACAUCGAUCAUCGAUCGUCCAGAGCAACGUUGCAGUUCUCUAGCUCAAGCAGCCGUGAACUUGAACACGUCGAGCAUCGCGUCGCGGUGAAACCCGGAUCUCGGACGACGCGAGGCGAGGCUGCGCGAUCAAAUCGGAGGGCGAAAGGCGAGGAUCGUUGAAUUAUCUCCGUGCGACCACCUAGGAGGGCGUCGGUGGGGAAAUGAGGGUGAUCGAAAUCCCGACGAGAGGAGCGACUCGGAGCCGUCGAUCGCGCGAGGUCCAGCACCACCGCGGCUUUUGCUGAGAGGAUCGGGCCGUGACCAUAAUACCCUUGAAACGCGGCCGGCGGCACGUGUAACGCUCACCCCUCGCCGAACAUGCGCCGCAAGCUCGAGGAAGCCCGUAACAAGCUCGGCAACUACGCGGCCGAAACGUGGCCGAACUCGAAACGCCGACAGAAUGAGCGCGGCGAGUCGCGAGACGUCGUUUCCGUUCGCGUCGGUCCGCAACGGCCGAUCCGUUGACCCAUUGUAGACGCGAAACCUGCGGCACAGAUUGGCCGCAGGCUGCUCCUGGAGCCGUUGAAAGACCGCCGGACUAUCUUUCAACGAGGCUUAUUACGUUUGCGGAAGACGUGACCGGGCUCUGCGCGUUCGCCGACUAGCCCACAAAGGCUGACCUUCCGGCCGACUUGCCGGCGCAUAGAGCCGCGGCCCGAGGAUUGAUGAUUGGUGUCCUCCCGACGAUGCUCCCUGCCCAUUGUGCGGACUUUAAUCGUUCCUGCGUAGCGGAGGUGUCGGCGAAAGUUCGGCCGUCUUCGCGAACACCGAGGAUCGGCGCGGUCGCGGCUGGACACCGUUGACUCGGACACACCGUCUCGACUCCCGUGAGAAUCAGUGCCGGUCGCCGUUCGUCGCCGGGAUCGCGGCGGAGAUUUACGAUUCGUGUAGUUUUAAUCGUCCAGCUGGAUAUAGAGUCUUGUAUCACUCUUGAGGAGCGUGGCUCUUGGCGGGGACCCAAAUCCUUGGCUGCUCGGCGGCCGAUAAAUACGCUUCGGAUGCGCUUUGAUGAUCGACGCGGAUUCCAAUAUUCUUGGACGCCGACGAUCAGGUCCUGGGACCUUCCUCGACGAGCGAGACGAUGCUUCCGUCGUGUUAACAUGCGCCAGCGUGGAGAUCGUCGCGUUCGAAGUGGAGCAAACAGCGGCGCCCAUACGGAGAGGUGAUGCCGAACUGGCCUCUCCCUUAAAGAAGAUCGAUCACCUUCGAGCGUGUCCCGACUACCGGAAGCUGCGGACGGGUCGCCUGUCCGGAAAGGUUGAACGGAAGCUCGUCGGCGCGCGUCUUCGUUGUCUUGUCCGAGCACGGAGGAGGAUCCGUUGAAAAUUGUGGCAUCGGACUCGCGUGACACUCGGCUCGCCGGACGCCGCGGUUCCGCAGAUCGGAUCAAGGGUAUCCAUUAAAAAGCCGGCGGGGGAAAGCGUUUGUCACGCGACGCGCGGCGAAACAGGUUGCUCCAAUUAGCCUGGCGAAGACAAAUGAACAUCGAUUAUCAAUGAGGACGAUGGCAAUUAUCUUGAUACCGCACGCGGACGCCCGUUUGUCAAGGUACGUACGAAGACGCCGCAUCAAGCUGGCCGAGCUUGAUCAGCGCCCUGUCACGGCUCUCGGCUAAUUAAUCGAGGAGGAAGAUAGAUGAGAGAGAAAGAGAGAGAAAGAGAGAGAGCGGACCGUGCACCGCCGCGCGCCGCGAUGGAAUUUCCAUCGAAUACCACCGAGCUGGCCGAUAAUGUCACUCUGACCGCCGUCACCGCGUCCACCAGCUCCGAGCUGAACCCUUUGUACACCGUCUGCGAGAUCCUGGUGGCGGUGUGCGCGAUCUUCGGGAACGGCCUGGUGAUCAUCGUGUUCAGCAAGGAGAGGAAGCUCCGCCGGCGAACCAAUUACUACAUCAUCUCGCUGGCCACCGCGGACUUGUUGGUCGGCCUGUUCGCGAUACCCUUCGCGAUCCUCGCCAGCAUAGGGUUGCCCACGAAUCUUCAUGCUUGCCUGUUCACCGUGUCCGUGCUGAUGGUCCUCUGCACCAUCAGCAUCUUCUGCCUGGUGGCGGUGUCCGUGGAUCGUUACUGGGCGAUACUACACCCCAUGGGAUACUCGCGCACCGUACGCACUAAAACUGCCAUAGGUAUAAUUUGCCUGUGCUGGGUCGCCGGGACACUGGUCGGUUUUCUGCCGCUGUUAGGCUGGAACACCGGCAAGAAAUCGAACGAGAAAUGCAUCUUCACCGAAGUGAUGGAUUACGAUUACCUAGUGUUCCUCUACUUCGCCACGAUCAUCUUCCCAGCGCUAAUAAUUGCAGCCUUUUACGCCCAUAUAUACAGAGUGGUCGUAAAACAGUUACAGCAAAUAGUAACGAUGAAUCCUGGUCGUCGCAUUGGGAACCAAACGACGACUGGUCCGAUGCUGCGUCUCCUCGGCGCGGCUCGCAAACGCGAAGUCAAGGCCACGCAGAAUCUCUCCCGCAUCGUGAUCUUUUUCAUCAUUUGCUGGUUUCCCCUGUACACGAUCAACUGCGUGAUGGCUUUCUGUCCCCGCUGCAAGGUGAACGACAUUCUGAUGCACUUCUGCAUCAUCCUGUCGCAUUUGAACUCGGCCGGGAACCCUUUGCUGUACGCCUAUCAUCUGAAGGACUUUCGGGCGGCGCUGAAGAACUUCAUGUGGAAGCUUCUUUUUCCUAACAGCGACGUGAAGUCCAGCGUGGUCAGCGUGAUCCAUGAUCGAGGAUCGUUAGUCGGUUCGCAGAGACAAUUGCAGAGGCAAGCUGGAUUGUCUGCUAGGAAUCAGCGAUCCAGUUUGUUGCGCCAGGUGACCGACGUAAGAUGCAAACCCACGGCUAUGUCCAGGAACGCGUCGAUUCGCGAAAAGGAGGUUAUGUCGGAGGCGAACGAUGGGUCGAGUUCGUCGCAUAGCGAUAAGCAGGAGGCGGACGGUUGUAGCAACGAUAACGUCAGCCAAAACAGCAACGAGGAUCGCCGAAGCGAGAGCGACAAUUACGUGAACGAUCGGAUCGACUCGAGUUUGUCGAGGGCACCUUCUUGCGUGUCCUCGAUGGAACUGCAGACCUACAAGCCUAUGAUGCCGUUACUUCCGGCAGAAAUUAAUCGAGUAGAGGAAACACCGCCCGCGUCAAUUUUUGUGAUCGAGGUGGACGUGAAUCACGUGGAUUCUGUUCGCGAGAUAACGGACGAAGGAACGAUAGAGCGCAAGGACGAAGGCUGACAGUCUUCCUAUCCUUGAUCGUCAACGAUGAUCGUUGGCGAUAGAUCGUGCAUGCCCGAUAUACAUAGACAAUUCGCAUGUGAUUGAAACAAGCGCAGAACGUAUUUUCGAUGUUAGCGUUAGUUCGACGUAUGAUAUUCCGAGACCUGAUGUUAAUACUCAUUGCAAAUCCCGUACAAAUUGUUAGGCAUAUUUUAUUACACUACUACGAUCUUGCAUUAAGACUGCGAACAUUUGACUGAUCACGUUUUUUGAGAGAGAAUUCUCCAGCAUCGAUAUCGUACAAGAAAGUUUAUUUAUUGUUUGAAAUAACGGGUACAAGUGAUUCUUGCCGCUUCUAUCAUAAGAUACUAUGUUAAAUACGGCACGAUUCAUCUGUUCCUGAAAAUGUCGAAACAGCGCCACUGGACGUAGUGGCAAAACGCUCAAACUCGUAGAUGAAUUAUCGACCGUGCAGUUUUUCGGGAGAAAUAGGCAGAAACCAUUGCCAAAUUUAAUUCCGAUAGAGACCGCCAGGUGGCGCUACUACGCAUUUCUAGUGGAUAAUCACUCGAAGGGUAAAUUUAUCUAGCAGUAUCAGCGUUCUGCCACUACGGUGAAUGGCGCUAUUUUUAUAUUUUAAACAGCAAAUAAUUCGUGCCGUUUUUAAUACAGUCUCUUAUCGAGAAAACGGUAAGAAUCAUUUGUAGAAAGUUAAUAACGUAAUUUUUUAAAUGUUUUUAACAUAUAUGGAUGUAGGAAAUUCUGCUGGAUAUUUCUGUGUCCUUUAAAUAUUUUUUGGUCCACAAUUUUUAAGAUAUCAUAUUAUUUUUGUUCGUAUAUUCUUUCUGAUUUAGUUCGCGAUUUUACCGCUAUACAGGUCACCGAGAAACAUUAAUUAUGGCACAAUUGGAGCAAAAGAUAAUUAACCAAGGGCACAGAACUGUUCAGGAGAAUCUGCUGUAUUCAUAUCAUGUGGAAAAAGACACACAAAAAUAAUGCAAAACACAAUUAAUUAACAUAAUAACUUAGGAAACUUUAGCAAGCAAUUAAUUAUGUUUUGUAGCGUUAUUAUCUACGUUUUUUAUAUACAAUCGAUGCAGUAGAUUCUCCUGAACAAUCCUGUAACCUUGGUCAAUUCUUUAAUGCCCAAUUCUUUAAUCCUUUGACUGAUCACGUUUUUUGAGAUUAUGUUUCUCCGCACUCCGUCGCUAAUCUUGAAUGCUAUGAGUGUGCUGUGUCAAGCCGUAACGUUAUAAGGACAUUAACACGAUUAGAGUAGCGAGAAUAAUUCAUUCACUUUUUUACCGAGAUCGAGUAAUAAUUAUUUCGCGACUAUGUUUUUAGUAAGGCGAUUUGUUGUUUGUCGAUCGUACCGUUGACAACUAGAAGAUUGUUUAAUAACAUAUCUGUAACAUCAUAUCUGUAACAUAACCAAAGGCCGUGAUCUCUGAUACGAAUUACAUUUGAACCUACGCAUGAAGGAGAUCGCGUUCGAUGUUUUAAAGAAACUUCGACAAGCGAAAGCAUAAUUGCAUUUUCAACAGUUUCAGCAAAAAUUGACGUACAUGGUUGUUCGUGUAUUAAUGUUCAUUCCGUAUACACUGUGUAUCGAAGAUGAAGCAAAAUAAAUGUCAUAAAAAUUGUCAUCCAUA